AACGUUGAAGGUUAUGUUUUCACGAUUUCCACUCACACUCUUUAAUCCUCGAGACAUGACUGACACUGAAAGUCCUCUGGGGGUGUGACAGGACAAGACUUCGACUGAAAUUGUUGAUUAAUUUAGUGAACAACGCCAUUACGAUCGCAAUCAAUCAGCAAAAUAACUCUCGGCAGUGAGCGGACUCCGACUGCUCCGAAAUCCUCUCGUGUCUGCAAGAGAAGAUGGCGACGACGCGGGGGCAGAGAUUUAAAUUCAGCGAUGGUGAAAAAGUCCUGUGUUACGAGCCGGAUCCUACCAAGGCUAAAGUCCUCUACGAUUCCAAGGUCUUGGAUGUCAUUGUGAACAAGGAUCAGAGGGGCAGGAAGGCUGUGGAGUAUCUCAUUCACUUCCAGGGCUGGAACUCCUCCUGGGACAGAUGUGUAACCGAGGAGUACGUCCUGAAGGACACCGAGGAGAACCGUCAGCUGCAGCGAGACCUGGCGCAGAAGGCGCAGCUGCAGUUGGGGGCCUACCUCUACCGUCGAGAGAGAAAGAACCGCAACCACAAGCUCUCGGAGCGCCUCUCGACGGGCAUCGACUCCCGGAGGAGAGCGCGCAGCGGCGGGAGUCGAGCGACGUCAGGCACCACAGGCUCCUCGGAGGACGGAAGCUCGGGGCAGCACGACGACUACGACACCGAGGAGGUCAUCACCGAGGAGGACUACGAGAGCAGUUCAGACUUCGACGAGGAGUCCACCGACGACGAGGACAGCGGCGGUGGCGGGAGCCAUCACUCGGCCAUCGACAUCGAUAUCGGCAGCACCUUGAGGAGAAUUCUGGAGCAGGACUACGAGUUAAUCACUCACAAGCAUAAAUUGGCGGUUUUACCCGCACAACCGACUGUUGUGAGCAUCCUGGAGUCCUGGGUGCAGCACUUCACCACUACUCAGCUGACCAACAUACCGGAGAACAAGUCGGGAAGGGCCAAGGCCAAUAACACGAUGGAGAAGACCCUCAAUGAGAUCAACAUAUCGAGGGAAGUGGCCGAUGGACUCAGGAUUUACUUCGACUUCACUCUGCCGGAUUUACUGCUCUACAGGGAGGAACGGGAGCAGUUCAAUGGGUUCAAGGAGGCCUUCCUGUUCCCGGAACAUUCCGUCGUCAUUAAGGAGGAAAUUGUUGACACUCCUGAAUUAACGAUAAAAGAAGAAAUAGAGGACAUAGAAUACGCCCACCUCCCCCCAUUCAGAGAGCACGAAAUAGCGGAGAGUGAUCCCCCGGGUAAGCCAGUGUCCUCAGUGAAGAGGAAAUUGCGAUCGUGCAGGGUGAGUUCUGUGGAGGACACACGCCAGUUGAGAUCGUACGACGACGUGAAGCAGGAGCCAGGAAACGUCUCCAGCAUAGCUAGCACGAGCUCGAGGUGCUCGAGCCCUCGAGGGGCGACCUCGAGGUAUCCAGUGGUACCACCAGCCCAGAUUGGAGCCCUUCUGGAUGAGGCCAACAAGUGGAGGCUCAUGCCAGAGGCCACCAGGAGGGACGGGGGACCCAGUCCUGCCACCUACUUUGGGGCUGUUCAUCUCGCCAGAUUGUUUGUUAAACUUCCGGAUUUACUGCAGGCAACGGAUAUGCCAGCGAAGAAGAUGAAAUUGUUGAUUAAACACUUGGACAUGUUCCUCAGUUAUCUUGAAUUGCAUCCAGAGUGGUUCGGCGAGCAAUUCUACACCCAAACCGAGAGUCACCAGAUCCCCACAUGACGUCGAAGUCAAAGAUCGAUAAGAAUUCACUGAACAAAAAGUUGACAUUCAACUGUGGAAUUGUAGACUGUUUCGAGUGCGAGAGGUCAAUCAUGUGAACGCAUCCAUGAAAUAUUCAUAGUCUGGUGAGAUUGUUAGUAAUUAAAACAGAUAGUAGACCAGUGAA